GUUAUCAGUUGACCGUUCAGACAUUCGAAGUAGUGUAGUGUUUUGAAAAGUCAAAUAUUACAAAAAAAAUGAGCGCCAUUUUUUAUUCGUUCCUACUGGUUAUUCAGUUAGCAUUUAUUCAGACUCUAGACCCAAGAGAGUACGGAAAAUGCGAUGUCCGGGACUCGGAAUGCCUUACCAGACAGGUCCAACUUCGGGUACCAGAAAUAACCUCGGAUCUAAUAGCGGAGAUUGCGGCGAGACGUCUUGACCCACUGAUCAUUGACGUUGCUGAGAUUGAUAUCGCUGGUGUAAAAAUUAAUUUCUACAAGGCGGUGCUACGCGGAAUCAAGAACAUCGUCAUUGAAAGCAUGGAUUUGGACUCUACGAGAAGACAAAUGCGAAUGGUAGCUCACACCGACGCCGUCGUUAAAGGCCGUUACACUGUCGAUGGAAACGUCCUCGGUUUUGUGAUUAAUGAAGAUGGUGAUGCAGAGAUUAACUCCAAAAACUUCCAAAUUGGUUACGUGAUGCCAUACGAUAUCGUCAAGGAUUCCAACGGCAAGGCUGUCUUCGACCUUAAGAGUUUUACCUUCUCUUAUGAUAUUAAAGACAGCGUGCAAUACAAUUUCACCAACUUGUUCAGGGAAAACAAGGGACUGAGUGACUCUAUGCAUCACUUCCUGAACAGGAACACUGGAUGGUCCAAGGUCCUAAUCACAACCUACGGAAAGCCUCUUCUAGAUAUGAUUGCUGGAAAGAUGUUCAACGCUUUUAGGUCCUACCUUUUAGAGCAUCCCAUCGAUGAGAUGGUCUAUUAGAUUACUACAGGAUAAAUACUCACAAUCUGACAUAACUAAAAAGUAAUGCGAAGUUGUCAUACUAUUGAUAGUUAAAGCUUCAAAGCUUCGAACUAUUGAGCAUUUUCAUGUCAUAUUAACAGAAUUUUUUUUAUUGAAUUUACCACAAUGUCUGAACAUGUUAUGUUAAUUUCAAUUGCAUUAUUAAAAUUCCUCAACACGAUGUUUAUUCCAGCAGUAUGUACGCAAAAUAAAUCAAUGUUUUUUUGAAAUUAUAUACUUUGUUAUUAAUAGGUAAUCAGGUCAUCUAUUGUGUAUGCUUCAAUCAUUUUAAUAGUGUAAAUUCUUUU